AUGUCGUUAAUUACGAGACGGUUUAUUCCGUUAGAAAUUCGUAGUGUUAAAAAUAUUCUAUACCGAAAUUAUUCUAAACCGGUAAUAAAACCACUGGAACAUGUAAAGCCGGAACUAAUAAUCACGGACAGUUGCGUUGAACGCCUGAAAAAUAUUACAAAAGGGUCGUUUGAAUUUUUACGAGUUAGUGUUGAUGGUGGAGGUUGUUCAGGGUUUCAGUACAAAUUUGACUUGGAUUCAAAGAUUAAUGAAGACGAUAAAGUGUUUGAAAAAGAGGGCGCGAAAAUUGUGAUAGACCAGACCUCUUUGGACUUUGUUAAGGGUGCAACGGUGGACUAUCGAGAAGAAUUAAUUAAAUCGUCAUUUAGAAUUGUAAAUAACCCAUUGGCUGAACAAGGCUGUUCCUGUGGGGCGUCAUUUGCCGUCAGAUUAGAUUAA